CUGAAGUCACGUGCUUUCAGAUAAACCAUGUGAGAGAACGAAACUGAAAGUUGCUCAUGUCCUAUAAAAGGGAGUGUGCAGAGCCACAAACUCAAAGGAAAGGAGUGAAGGGGAGACAUUUAUGUUCCUAUAAAGGAUCAAGAUAUUUUCUUCUAUCAGCAAUGGGAUCAAGUCAGUCUAAAGCUACUCCCAUACGUUCUGAGGAGCCACGGAGGGUGGUGUCACGACCUCCACCACUCUUAGAGCAGCCAUGGAGGGAGGUGUCAAAGAAGUACAAGGACAAUCUUGAGUUUGUGAAAUCUUACCAGCCUCAAAACAAACAAGUCAAACAUCUCAGGAUUCUCCUUUAUGGACCAGUUGGUGCUGGAAAGUCGAGCUUCAUCAACUCUGUUGACACCGUUUUAAAAGGCAGAUCUGCUGGUCGAGCUGCGACAGAUGCAAUCUCUGGGAGCAGCUUCACCUCAAAUUACAAGACCUUCAACUUUCGCAAAAGUCCAGGGGCCACUUACUCUUUUGUGUUCAAUGACAUCAUGGGCCUUGAGCAAGAUUCUGACAGUGGAAUCAAUGUGAAUGACCUCAAACUGGCCCUGAGAGGACACGUGAGAGAAGGUUACAAGUUUGACCCUGACAAAUUACUGAUGAGGGGUGAUGAUGGCUACAACUCCGAUCCCACUUUGGAAGACAAAGUUCACGUUCUGGUGUGUGUUGUUGCUGCGGACAAAAUGUCUAGGUUAAGUGAUGAGAUGGUGAAGAAGAUUAGAAAGGUCAGAGAGGCCGCCAGUGAACUGAGAAUUCCCCAACUGGCUAUUAUCACCAAAGUUGAUGAAGACUGUCCCAAGGUUAAAAAGGACACAAGCAAUAUCUACAAGAGCAUGUACCUGAAAGAGCAGAGUCACUCUGUCCAGAGCCACAUAAGCAAAGCAAUGGGAUCAAGUGAGUCUAAAGCUACUCCCGCACGUUCUGAGGAGCCACGGAGGGUGGUGUCACCACCUCCUUCACCUCCUCCACCACUCUUACAGCAGCCAUGGAGGGAGGUGUCAAAGAAGUACAAGGAAAAUCUUGAGUUUGUGAAAUCUUACCAGCCUGAAAACGAACAGGUCAAACAACUCAGGAUUCUCCUUUAUGGACCAAUUGGUGCUGGAAAGUCGAGCUUCAUCAACUCUGUCGUCAGCGUUUUAAAAGACAGACCUGCUGGUCGAGCUCAGACAGAUGCAAUCUCUGGGAAAAGCUUCACCAGACAGUACAAGACCUUCAAAUUUCGCAAAGGUCCAGGGGUCACUUACUCUUUUGUUUUCAAUGACAUCAUGGGCCUUGAGCAAGGAUCUGACACUGGAGUCUGUGAAGGAGACCUCAAACUGGCCCUGAGAGGACACGUGAGAGAAGGUUACAAGUUUGACCCUGACCAAGAACUGAAGGAGGGUGAUUAUGGCUACAACUCCGAUCCCAGUUUGGAAGACAAAGUUCACGUUCUGGUGGGUGUUGUUGCUGCGGAUGCAGUGUCUAGGUUAAGUGCUGAGAUGGUGAAGAAGAUAAGAGAUGUCAGACUGGCAGCCAGUGCACUGAAUAUUCCCCAAAUGGUUAUUAUCACCAAAGUUGAUAACGCCUGUCCCGAGGUUAAAAAGGAGACAUGCGAUAUCUAUAGGAGCAAGUACCUGAAGGAAAAGGUUGAACAAUUCCACCAGCUGCUGGGCAUUCCAGAGAACUGCAUCUUCCUUCUGAAGAACUACAGUCAUGAAACUGAGUCAAAUGACAAAGUGAACGCUGCGAUAGUGUGCGCACUCAAACAGAUGCUUCACUACGGAGACGACUACCUCAACGACCUGGAAACAUGAAUACCCCUGAGGCAAAUACACAGUAGGCCAUUUGUCGGGGAAUGAGGAAAUAUUCAGCCAAUUUUUACUGUCUUUGUGAAGCAAGCAAGCUUGAAUCAUGAAAUAUGGAAUAAAAAUGCACAAAAAUUAAGUCCUAAACUCUUUAUAUAAUUUCUGUCAUUGAGACUUUGCACAAUAGCAGGACAAUGCUCUGUCAUUACUUUGUUAGCUUGGUGUGAUGUCAUCACGUGAUCUGGUCAACAACUCAGCUGUUGUGAUGGUGCCUUCACGUGCCGCCCGGAAGAAGUGAUUCAAAAGCUCAUGAUCUUAUUGUUGAAUCACAGUAUUUAAUACAUCACCUGCUCUAACAAAUUAAUUCUACAUUCCUUGCUUGGUAUUAUGUAUAAUAUAUAAUAUUUAUAUUUAUAUAGCAAUCCUGCGCUUUACCUCUCUGGGUUCUCUUUGUAUUCUUUUUCAGUUUGACCAAUAUUGUGAUGAUUCAUUAAAUGUUCCCAAUCUGAAUCACACAGUAUUAAACACUAUAUGGCCCAGCUGGAAGUCUAAGUAGAGUCCUCACAAAGUAAAGCUGAAAAACAGAGCGCUCAUCACGAUACAGACGACAAUCCCCUGUUAAAUUACAGUGGUUGUGCAGCCUCUGCUGGUCUUGUUGAGUCAGUGCAGUGAGGAAUACCAAUGGAAAUUAUCUCAACCAAACGAAAUGAUCCAAACAGUAAAACAUAAAGCAAAAGCAUGUGUUUAAAUACGAGAACAAAACAAAUACAUAAACACAACAGAACAUCUAAUGUGUGCGUAGUGUGUAAUGAGUUGGAUCAUACACAGCAGUUCAGAAGAUGGUCUUGAAAAGGGACACCGUAUAAUUUUUUUUUUCUUAAUUUCAAUUGUUAAUUAAUUGUUUGUCUUUUAAACAAAGGACUUAAAACUCUUGUAAGCUAGCUUUCGCACUUAUUGCAGCAUUGCAGAUUUACACUGUUGUUAUUUUAUAUUGUUUUCAUAUCAUUUGCUUUGGAAAAAAGAAAAGUUAAAAUUUUUCUUUUCUGGUGCUAGUUUUAUUUUAAGAGGAUAAUUUGCAAGGCAACAAAGUGAAAUCAAAACUGUCUUUGUGAGGUUUCAGCGCAAUUUCACAGAGUUUUGUUUUUGUCAAGGCUAACUGGUUUUAAAUGAGACAUUAUGACGUGGAAAAUAAAAGGUCAAGCAUUGAAAGAA